AUGGUGGGCCCUGGCGUGGUGGGGAGCUCCAAGGGGCUGCUCUCGGCCCGCCUGGGCUGCCAAGUCCAAGAGGAGGAUGUGGGGCGGAGAGAGACCUUCAGUGCUGAGUGGCUGGACCUAGAGCUCAGGUCCCGGCCCGAGGACGGGUGGUGCCGGCGGGAGGUGGACACGCAGCACCGGGAGACGCUGGAGCAGCGCGGGGCCGUGCGGGUGUUGGAGCAGCGCUCGCCCUGGGGGCUGCUGCGGGUGGGGGUCCUGGGACAGCCCCUGACCCAGCACCUCCUGCCCUACGCCCGCACCUUCCCCGUGCCCCUCUUCGCCCCCCUCAGACCUCCGCGGAGCAAAGGGGGGAAUCCCCGCACCCUCUCCCGCUCCCUCUCCCACGAGGCACAGCGGGGCCUGAGCGUGGCAGAGGGGCCGGGGAAGGUCGGGCCCGCCCCGAAGAGGCAGCACAGGAAGGCGGGGGCAGGUGGGGGUGGACUCCCAUUCACCUGGGACCCCACCCCCGCUGCGGGCAUCGUGGAGGCCGGUGGGGAUGAGGACCCCGCGGGUCGGGGGGGCUCCCGCCCUUCGGGGGGGCUCCCGGCAGCUCCGGCGUGA